AUGGGCGACCUUGGUGCUGCCUCAGAGCCGUGGAUGCCUCCCCUGGCACCUCGGACGUUACCACUAGGGAAAGCCAAUAUCUACCCUUCUGAUGAAUUGCAUGCCGUCAGCGUGUCUCUACCAACCUGGUCCUCAGUCAUUGGACUAUCGCGGAAAGAGUACUGGGUAUUGGAGAAACUAGAAUGGAGUUACCCACGAUUCUAUUUAAACAAACCUGUUCGGGAUGUCUCAGAUGCCGUUUUGCGACGACUUCAAAUUACUGAUAAAACCAUCUCGUGCAUGGUCUUCCGCUCUGCCUAUGCUGCUCGGUGCUGUGCCGCAGGUCUUCAUACGGCUUCUUCGGAAAACCAGUCUAGUAUCAUAAAGAUCGUCCGAUUUUUUAUGCCCUUAGAGUCGAACUGGGGAGACUCAGCGACUCAUUGGGCCAAUUUCGCGGCAGUGCUAUUCCCCCUCGACUUGAAGAAGCAGGCCAUGGCUUUUUGGCGCGAUACAGGCUCCGGACUGUCCACUCGACAUGCCAGUUACUGCCUAGAAGAGUUGGACUAUCUUGACUCCGACUCCUCGGAGCCGAAGUUUCGGACCCCCGCGCCCCAAAAGAGGAGCCGUCACCUAAGCCAGCAGUCUCUUAUGUUGACGCAGUCGGCAGAUGAUAGCAUGGACGAGGUGAAGUCUCUUCUCGCGAAACUGGCUACUUCUGAGCAAGCAGGGCAGCCAUCCGUGGAUGUUAAGGACGUUUUCCUGUACCCCAACGGAAUGAACGCCAUUUAUGCCCUUUCUGAAGGUCUGGCCUCAUUCGCAGCAGACUCCAAAGUCGCUGCAUACGGGUGGCUAUAUCCAGAGACAGUUAAUGUUCUCAGACAAAGUCCGUGGGGAAAAGUCCUCUCCUACAAGAACGGCACCGAAGAGGAGCUGGAUCAGUUAGAAAGUAUGCUCAAAUCUGGGCAACAGAUUCUGGCUCUCUUUUGUGAACUCCCCAGUAACAUCAAACUGUCAUCGCCCAACCUGCACCGCAUACGUGCCCUAGCCGAUAAAUACGGCUUUAUUGUAGCUUGCGACGACACCGUGGCCGGCUAUGCUAAUAUUGACGCCAUCCCUUAUGUGGAUGUAAUGAUGUCCAGCCUGACAAAGACAUUUAGUGGCUUUUCGAAUGUCACUGGAGGAAGGUCAUUUAUGCGGAAAGAUGGCGGGUACGGGAAUGUCCUGAGCAUCAUCUUCCGUGAUCCACGCAGCGCGGAGCAUUUCUACAACGUUCUUGAAGUGUGCAAAGGCUCCAGCUUCGGAACCAAUUUCACACUGGCGAUUCCUUACGUCCAGCUUGCCAACUACUGGGAUCGCGAAAAGGUUCCAAAGUAUGGCGUUCCGCAGCAUAUCAUUCGGCUCAGCGUGGGGCUUGAAAAUGUCGAGGAUAUUACCAAUGCUGUGGCGACCGCCCUCAAAGAAGUUGAGAUAUUUGAGUCUGGAGACACUUGUAAGGGGGGUGCUUAA